ACCGGCCGAGGGAUACCUCAUCGACGUGGUACCCGCGCGACCGCCGUCUCUCUCUCGCGACACCAUGGCGUUCAGCGCAGUCACCGCCGCCGUCUCGCUCCGCGCGCCGCUCGCGACGCCCCGCGCCCCCGUCGCGUCGUCCGUCCCGUCGCGCGCGAUCCCCGUCGCCGCGUGCGCGUCUCGCCCUUCCGGGUCGUCGGCGAUGCGUCUCGCUCGGCGCGCCGCGAUGAGCGGCGAGGGCUCGCUCGCGCUGAGGCUCUCUUCGAAGACGCCCGGCGCGGCCGUCCGCGGAAGGAACGCGGCGGCGGCUAGGGCGAUGGCCAAGGACGAGGACUCCACCGCGGGAAUCUCCAAGAAGGUUGCGAGAACCUCGCAGGCGUGCAAGACCCUCGGCCGGUGGGGUUUCUGGGGGCAGCUCAUCCUCUCCACCGUCUCCGCGGUGAUCCUGGUGUUCUCCUUCCUCUUCAAGGGCAUCACCAAGGCCACCGACGCGGGCCUCUACUUCAUCCUCUUCGGCAUCGUCACCGCCUACUUCACCACCUUCUGGUCCCUCGGCAUCGGCAAGCUCGGCGAUAAGCUCCGCAAGGCGGUCGACCAGCUGGACCUCGUGCCGCCCCGAACCGAGGUGGUUCGUCAGCUCUCCACCGGCUUGGCGGUGAACUUUGUCGGCCUCGGCGCCACCAUCGUCGGCAUCCAGGCCACCACCGGCCUGCUCUUCGCCAAGUCCCUGAGCGCCGCCGCCGCCGCGCCGUUCACGCCGGGGUACACCGGCCCGGUGCUGGCUCUGGACAUAUUCCUCAUCCAGGCGGGCGCGAACGUGAUGCUGGCGCACUGGAUCGGAGCCGCGGUGUCGCUGUGGCUGCUGCGAACAGUCAACCUGCCGACGCCGCAGCGGUGAGUAAGAGUAGCUAGCGUCCCGAUGCGUGUCAGCGGCGAGGCGGGCGACGGGUCGAACGUAUCUCCAACGGGCUGAAAGUAUCUCGAG